GGCGGUAUUGUUGCAUAUGUCCCUCGGCGGCCGCCGUUCUGCUUCCCUGCCCACGGUCGCUGGGCGGGGCCGACGGAAGCCGGGCUGGCGCUGUGGUGCGAGGCGACUCCGGUGGUGUGCGUCUGUCGCCCCGCAGUCAUGGCGGCGGAGCAAGAGGGCUUGAAGGGUGGCGGCGGCGGCGGUGGCGGCGGCAACAACAGCAGCGGGAGGAACCGCGGCGGCGUCCAGCGCGUCGAAGGCAAGCUCCGCGCCAGUGUGGAAAAGGGAGAUUAUUACGAGGCGCACCAGAUGUACCGGACGCUUUUCUUCAGGUACAUGUCCCAAGGCAAACAUGUGGAAGCAAGAGAACUAAUGUAUUCAGGGGCACUGCUGUUCUUCAGUCAUAAUCAGCAAAACAGUGCCGCUGAUCUGUCCAUGCUUGUUUUAGAGUCGCUGGAGAAAUCGGAUGCUAAAGUUACCGAUGAGCUCUUAGAAAACCUGGCUAAGGUGUUCAGCCUGAUGGACCCAAAUUCACCCGAAAGAGUCGCGUUUGUGUCCAGGGCCCUGAAGUGGUCCAGUGGAGGGUCAGGGAAACUCGGGCACCCGAAAUUGCACCAGUUACUCGCCAUCACGUUGUGGAAAGAGCAAAACUACUGUGAAUCUCGGUAUCACUUCUUGCACUCCAUGGACGGAGAAGGAUGCGCGAAUAUGUUGGUGGAAUAUUCCUCUUCCAGGGGGUAUCGCAGUGAGGCGGACAUGUUUGUCGCUCAGGCAGUCUUACAAUUCCUCUGCUUGAAAAACAAAACCAGCGCGUUAGUGGUCUUUACGACCUACACACAGAAGCACCCCUCCAUAGAGAGGGGACCCCCUUUUGUCCAACCCUUGCUGAACUUCAUCUGGUUUCUGCUGCUGGCAGUGGACGGAGGAAAGCUAACGGUGUUUACAGUAUUGUGUGAACAGUAUCAGCCUUCGCUGAAGAGGGAUCCCAUGUAUAAUGAAUACCUAGACAGAAUAGGACAGCUUUUCUUCGGCGUCCCCCCGAAACAAACGUCAUCCUACGGAGGAUUACUAGGCAACCUUUUAAACAGCCUGAUGGUAGCUGGGGAGGAGGAGGAGGAGGCGGAAGACGGACCAGAGGACAGCAGCCCCAUCGAGCUCGACUGACACCUUCCAGAGCGGCCAGGAAUCUCGACGGCGCGUUUGCUCGCUCCCUCCCUCGCUCGGAAGAGACACUUUGAGGACAGGUCCCAAGAUCGUUUCUCAACAGGUCCAAGGGCUCCUCCGUUCUGGUUUUUUUUUCCCCCCUUAAAAAAAAAAAGAGGUUGCUGAGAUGUUCAUGUUUUAGUCUGUAUUAUUUAUGUAAAAACGACUGCAGGGAGGCCGAGAGACCCGAUGUGGUGUGAUCAUUGGUGGACCUCUGAUAGACUGGCCGGUGACGGACUGAGACGUUAGCCGCCUCCCAUGAUUCCCAUAAGCAGUAUUCAGUACGCCCUCUUUUUUGCCAACACACUAAAUAAAAGCAGAACAUGGGAUCUGUGGCUUUAUAUAGAUCUAUAUACACACACAUUAUUAAAGCCCUGCAUUUUGGUUUCACUUUUCAAAAUGAAGUGCUUGGACGGCGCAGAGGAACAUCUUGGAAGGCAGGAUGAGAACGGCUGGAGAGGGGGCCAGAAAGGCUUUUUGAGGUGAGCCAGACAGGAGCCAGCCCCUGGCAAGCGGGGCGGCCAAAAGAACAAAUUUGUUUCCAUCGUGGAAAGAUUACGUCGUGAAACCCCAAAAGAUUUUGGCCAGCCCUUGAGCUGCCAGCCGAUUCCAUCACCUCAGGAUCUCUUUGUCCACAGUAAAAACCUCUCUUUUAAUACCCAGGGCUUGGAGCAGAAUGUCUGUUCGUGUGGCAGGACUCCCAUUUAGGAGUCUGGAAGCUAAAAGGCCUCUCGUUCCCUAGGCAGGCAGCUUUAGUUUCUGUGACGGUUUGAUGGGCGUAGCCAAAACUCGUGUGUUUCCACCAGAAACACGGCAUGCAAAGAUUUGGAACCGGGUGCUCCUAGAAUGAAAGGGAUGCUGCGGACCUCCAGGUUCUGUCUCGUUCGAUAUUUAUUUUUUAUUAGAUGAUUUAUCGAUUCAUUUUAACACUUUAUGUGCAAACAAAACACAGAAAGAACAAACUGACAAGUACUGCAAAUCACACACUUAAUAUAAAUCUACAUCUUGUCUCAUUUGGUGCAUGGCGCCAGAUGUUGGGAGUAUGAUUAAAAGAUGAAAUGGGGUGGGGGGGGUGACACUUUAUUUUUUCACAUUUAAGAUUAAAUGCUUAGAUUAAUAACAGUGAUCAUGCAUGAGGGGAUUAAUGCAUUUUUAUUUACUGUAAAAAGCGGGGGGGAUGGAUUUGUGUUAAUUGUUGAGUAUUAAAUAAAUACUUUAUACUGG